AUGAAAUCAAACGAAGCAAAAAAAUCAUUAACUACCGUAUAUUGUAUUCCCAUUGAUAUUGGUGGAUUUUCUUUGGGAUUUGACAAGUACAUCACGUCAGAUUCUGUUCGAGUUGGUCAUUCUGUUGAAGCACUUCGAUAUCAAGUCUCUCAGAUGGAACAGCAGCGGGAAAUAGAGCGACAAGAAUGGAAAGUGAUCGAGAUCGAGCAUCAGAGACGGGAACAGUCGAUGCUUAAGCAGAUACAGUACACGCAAGCCCAACUAGAACAUGUCUUGGCCGAAUGUAGAAUAGAAAGCAUCAACCCUUAUCCAGAACAAAUAUUGCACCCUCAAAACCAAAUGCAUGAACGUGGAAGAUGGCGUAGAAAGUCUAGUGCUGGUUUUGUUCAUACUCCUCCUAUUCAAAGGCGUGUUCGGUCCAAAUCCAGUGAAUAUCCUAAAAGACAUCUACCAGAUUGGAAUGAUAACCGGCCAGUACAGCCGGCAGACUAUCUUUCCGGAAACUUAUAUCAGGGUGGGAACCCAAUAGAGCAACUGCAACAAGAUUUUGUCACAGAAGAUAUUCCUCCCAGACCGAUUUAUACACCUUAUGCUCGCCAGAAUUACCAGGGUUCUCCUCAAGAAACACAAUUCAACUCACAACAAACCUACUAUGACGGAAACAACGACGAGGACUCUGAUGACGAAGACGAGGAAUACUCUUUUUCAAGGACAAAUCCUAACACAAGCACUAGGCAAACAUCUUCAUGGAUACCACCUAUACGCACACCUUUUGAAAGUCAUCGGUCACGACCACUAACAACACCACAGAGGAAUCCUUUAUCUCGACAUCAAUCCAAAAACCAAUAUGAACCACAGUCGCCUGUAUUACAACCCGCAGCACCAAAAGAAAAUCAACUUCCGAAACAGCGCAACUAUGACCCGCCAUUUUCAAUGCCAAUGCCAAUGCCAAUGCCAAUGCCAAUGCCACAACCUAGGAUAAGACACGAACAGCCACGAUCAUACAAGAUGUCGACCGGCUAUCUUCCUUCGCGACCUUCUACUAUUUCUGGCUACCCUAUACACCCUCUUCAACCAACUCAUAUUAUGUCCCCUCGUCACACAGAAUACCCUUUUCAUUCAUUUAUACAGCACCCUUUAGACUAUCGCUAUUUAACACAUAACUACUCAAAACAUCAGUCUUGGCCUCCACAAAUGUACACACUCCCUUUGGUUGGGCAUCCCAUGCACACUUGGAGAAUACCAUCUCAAUUUGCAAUGCCUGUUUCAACAGUAUAUCAGAGACGACCAUAUAUGAGAGGUACGAUGUGA